AUGGUAAUACGUAAUACUUCUACUCCUAUUUCUUCUUCUUCAUCUUCUUCUUGUUGCUCUCGUUUCUGGUCCUCCGCGCUCCGAUCCAAGCGCCUAGCCUCUCCGGCGGAGAAGGCAGCUCGCGAUAGCUCCGGCCAUGGUCUCUCCCGUCGACUAGGUGUAUUCGACCUUAUUCUCCUCGGGAUCGGCGCUUCCAUCGGAGCCGGUAUCUUCGUCGUCACCGGCACGGUUGCUCAUGACACCGGACCCGGGGUAACAAUAAGUUUUAUACUUGCUGGAGCAUCCUGUGUUAUAAAUGCACUCUGUUAUGCUGAGCUAGCUUCUCGAUUCCCUGCUGUUGUUGGAGGAGCGUAUCUAUACACCUAUACGGCUUUUAACGAACUUACUGCUUUUCUUGUUUUUUCACAAUUAAUGCUUGACUAUCAUAUUGGGGCAGCUAGCAUAGCAAGAAGCUUAGCGAGUUAUGUAAUAUCGUUUAUUGAAAUCUUUCCUGUUUUCAAAGAUAACAUUCCAAACUGGAUUGGACAUGGUGAAAACAUUGGAAAUGUGCUAUCCAUCAAUGCUUUAGCUCCGGUUCUCUUAAUGCUUCUCACUUUAAUUCUCUGUCUUGGUGUUAAAGAAUCAUCAACUGUGAAUUCGUUUAUGACAGUAACCAAGGUAAUCAUUGUUAUUGUUGUCAUUAUUGCUGGAGCUUUUGAGGUUGAUGUUUCCAACUGGUCUCCUUUUGCUCCAAAUGGUGUAAGAAGUAUCUUGACUGGAGCUACUGUCGUCUUCUUUGCAUACGUUGGAUUUGACGCAGUUGCCAAUUCAGCUGAAGAAUCUAAGAAACCACAGCGGGAUUUGCCAAUCGGCAUUAUUGGAAGCCUCUUGGUAUGUAUUGCACUGUACAUUGGAGUAUGUUUAGUAAUUACUGGAAUGGUUCCAUUCAAUCUUCUAGGAGAAGACGCUCCUUUGGCUGAAGCUUUUAAAUCUAAAGGACUAAAAUUCGUUUCUAUUCUGAUUAGUAUUGGUGCAAUUGCUGGACUUACAACAGCACUCCUUGUUGGCCUCUAUGUUCAGUCUCGGCUAUAUCUUGGGCUUGGCAGGGAUGGUUUACUACCCGCAAUAUUUGCUAAAGUUCACCCCAGACGCCAUACCCCUAUUCAUUCUCAGAUUUGGGCUGGCUGUAUUGCCAGUAUUAUGGCUGGGCUGCUUAAUGUGCACACACUAUCGCACAUUCUUUCCGUUGGUACUCUGACUGGCUAUUCAGUUGUCUCGGCAUGUGUUGUUGUACUUCGCUGGAAGGAUAAGACAAAUAGCCAAGUAUCAACUUCAGCUAAGCGAGAAGGUGUAUUUUGCCUCAUUGUUGUUGCUCUUUCGGGAUUUACCGCAGGACUCUUGUUCCGUUAUGAAGUUUCAAUUAUCUUUGUGAUUGUGGCUAUAGUUGUUGCAGUUGGUGCUUCUCUUGCUCUUGUUUUCCGCCAGGUUUAUGGAGAUUCAGUAGGGUUUUCUUGCCCAGGAGUUCCUAUUGUGCCAAAUAUUUGCAUCUUCUUUAACAUGUUCUUAUUUGGCCAGUUACAUCAUGAAGCAUGGGUGAGAUUUGUGAUUCUAAGUUUUAUCAUGGUUGGUGUUUAUGCAAUAUAUGGCCAGUUUCAUGGUGACCCCAAUGCAGAUGAGACUAUAAUUUAUCACGAAGCUCCAGCGGAAUAA